GCUGCGGCUGGAGCCGAGCGCGCCGCGUCGCCCGCCACCGCCGGUGCGGAGCGUGGGGAGCGCUCGGCCGCGGCUCUCGCCUCGGAGGGUCGCGGAGGGUCGCGCCCCGCGCCCCGGCCCAGGCGCCCUGAGCCGCGGGCCUUUGGGUGCCUGGAAGCGGAUCGGUGCCCGCCCGGCGCUCGCCGCAGCGCCAGCGCCCGCCGGAGCUGAGGCCGCCGCGGCGGCCGUGCCCAUGACCGGGUGUCUGCGGCUGGCCACGGCCCCACUCCCCCGCCACUCUCGUACCAGUUGGGGUGCUGGGACCUCGGUGGCCUCCUGUUCCUAGCUGAGAGGCUGGGCAGGAUGGACGAAAUGGCCAACAGUUCCAUCGAGUCCCACCCCAAGGCCCCCCAGCCGGGGGGCUUCGGGUGCACCCUAGCUGAGCUGCGCUCGCUCAUGGAGCUCCGUGGGGCCGAGGCCCUGCAGAAGAUUGAAGAAGCCUAUGGGGACGUCAACGGGCUCUGCCGGCGGCUAAAGACCUCGCCCACCGAGGGUCUGGCAGACAAUGCCAACGACUUGGAGAAGCGCAGGCAGAUCUACGGGCAGAACUUCAUCCCCCCGAAGCAGCCCAAGACCUUCCUGCAGCUGGUGUGGGAGGCCCUACAGGACGUGACCCUCAUCAUCCUGGAGGUGGCGGCCAUCGUGUCCCUGGGACUCUCCUUCUACGCGCCGCCUGGGGAGGAGAGCGAAGCGUGCGGCAACGUGUCGGCUGGGGCGGAGGACGAGGGCGAGGCGGAGGCCGGCUGGAUCGAGGGUGCGGCCAUACUGCUCAGCGUCAUCUGUGUGGUGCUGGUCACGGCCUUCAAUGACUGGAGCAAGGAGAAGCAGUUCCGAGGUCUCCAGAGCCGCAUUGAGCAGGAGCAGAAAUUCACCGUCAUUCGCAAUGGGCAGCUUCUGCAGAUCCCCGUGGCUACCCUGGUGGUGGGGGACAUCGCGCAGGUCAAGUACGGGGACCUGCUGCCGGCCGAUGGCGUGCUUAUCCAGGGCAACGACCUGAAGAUCGACGAGAGCUCGCUGACUGGGGAGUCCGACCAUGUGCGCAAGGCAGCUGACAAGGACCCCAUGCUGCUCUCAGGCACUCACGUCAUGGAAGGUUCUGGAAGAAUGGUGGUGACUGCUGUUGGUGUGAACUCCCAGACAGGGAUCAUCUUCACUUUGCUCGGGGCCGGCGGAGAGGAGGAGGACAAGAAGGAGAAGAAAGGACUCGGCCCACAGGAGGGCGAGGGGUGGGUAGGCGAACCCCGGCCCCCUCCCCCCGGAAGUCCGGCUGAUCUGGCCGCGCGGCCCUCCACCGACACCCCGACGGCCGGCAAGCAGCAGGAUGGGGCCGUGGACAGUGGCCAGAGCAAAGCCAAGAAGCAGGCGGGCGCGGCCGCCAUGGAGAUGCAGCCCCUGAAGAGUGCGGAGGGCGGCGAGCUGGAGGAGCGGGAGAAGAAGAAGGCCAGCGCGCCCCGGAAGGAGAAGUCCGUGCUGCAGGGCAAGCUCACCAAGCUGGCCGUGCAGAUCGGAAAAGCAGGGCUGGUGAUGUCGGCCAUCACUGUCAUCAUCCUGGUCCUGUACUUCGUCAUCAAGACCUUCGUCUUCGAGGGCCGGGUGUGGCUGGCGGAGUGCACCCCUGUUUACGUGCAGUACUUCGUGAAGUUCUUCAUCAUCGGGGUCACUGUGCUGGUGGUGGCUGUUCCCGAGGGCUUGCCGCUAGCGGUCACCAUAUCCUUAGCGUAUUCUGUCAAGAAAAUGAUGAAGGACAACAACCUGGUCCGGCACCUGGACGCCUGUGAGACCAUGGGCAACGCCACAGCCAUCUGCUCCGACAAGACAGGCACGCUCACCACCAACCGCAUGACCGUGGUCCAGGCCUAUCUCGGGGACACCCACUACAAAGAGGUCCCGGCACCCAGCGCCCUGAACCCCAAUAUUCUCGAGCUCCUGGUCCACGCUAUCUCCAUCAACAGUGCCUACACCACGAAAAUCCUACCUCCAGAGAAGGAAGGUGGCCUCCCGCGCCAGGUGGGCAACAAGACCGAGUGUGCCCUGCUGGGCUUCGUCCUCGACCUGCAGUGUGACUCCCAGCCCGUGCGGGAGCAGAUGCCCGAAGACAAGCUGUACAAGGUGUAUACCUUCAACUCGGUGCGCAAGUCCAUGAGCACCGUCAUCCGCACGCCCCGGGGCGGCUUCCGCCUCUUCAGCAAGGGCGCCUCGGAGAUCCUGCUGAAAAAGUGCACCAACAUCUUAAACAGCAACGGGGAGUUGCGUGGCUUCCGGCCACGAGACCGGGAAGACAUGGUGAAGAAGAUCAUUGAGCCCAUGGCGUGUGAUGGCCUGCGCACCAUCUGCAUCGCUUACCGGGACUUUGCGGCCACCCAGGAGCCAGACUGGGACAACGAGAACGAGGUGGUUGGCGAGCUCACCUGCAUCGCCGUCGUAGGCAUCGAAGACCCUGUGCGGCCCGAGGUUCCGGAAGCGAUCCGUAAAUGUCAGCGUGCGGGCAUCACGGUGCGCAUGGUCACCGGCGACAACAUCAACACGGCCCGGGCCAUCGCCGCCAAGUGCGGCAUCAUCCACCCCGGAGAGGACUUCCUGUGCCUGGAGGGCAAGGAGUUCAACCGGCGCAUCCGCAACGAGAAGGGCGAGAUCGAACAGGAGCGUCUGGAUAAGGUGUGGCCCAAGCUGAGGGUCCUGGCCCGAUCGUCCCCCACCGACAAGCACACUCUGGUCAAAGGCAUCAUCGACAGCACCAGUGGUGACCAGCGACAAGUGGUGGCCGUAACCGGGGAUGGCACGAAUGAUGGGCCUGCCCUCAAGAAGGCAGACGUGGGCUUCGCCAUGGGCAUCGCGGGCACCGACGUGGCCAAGGAGGCCUCGGACAUCAUUCUCACCGAUGACAACUUCAGCAGCAUCGUCAAAGCAGUGAUGUGGGGCCGCAAUGUCUACGACAGCAUCUCCAAGUUCCUGCAGUUCCAGCUGACGGUCAACGUGGUGGCUGUGAUCGUGGCCUUCACAGGCGCCUGCAUCACGCAGGACUCGCCUCUCAAAGCCGUGCAGAUGCUGUGGGUGAACCUCAUCAUGGACACAUUUGCCUCACUGGCCCUGGCCACAGAGCCACCCACCGAGGCGCUGCUGCUGCGGAAGCCAUAUGGGCGGGACCAGCCGCUCAUCUCCCGCACCAUGAUGAAGAACAUUGUGGGCCACGCUGCCUACCAGCUCACCAUCAUCUUCACGCUGCUCUUCGUGGGGGAGCUGUUCUUUGACAUCGACAGCGGGAGGAACGCGCCGCUGCAUUCGCCGCCAUCCGAGCAUUACACCAUCAUCUUCAACACGUUCGUGCUGAUGCAGCUCUUCAACGAGAUCAAUGCGCGCAAGAUCCACGGCGAGCGCAACGUCUUCCGUGGCGUCUUCAGCAACCCCAUCUUCUGCGGCAUCGUGCUGGGCACCUUUGCUAUCCAGAUCAUCAUCGUCCAGUUUGGCGGGAAGCCUUUCAGCUGCUCCCCGCUGUCCACGGAGCAGUGGCUCUGGUGUCUGUUCGUUGGUAUUGGGGAGCUGCUCUGGGGUCAGGUCAUUGCCACCAUCCCCAGCAGCCAGCUCAAGUGCCUGAAGGAAGCGGGGCAUGGGCCAGGCAAGGACGACAUGCUGGAUGAGGAGCUGGCAGAGGGUGAGGAGGAGAUUGACCAUGCCGAGCGCGAGCUGCGCAGAGGCCAGAUCCUCUGGUUCCGGGGCCUCAACCGCAUCCAGACGCAGAUUCGGGUGGUGAAAGCGUUCCGUAGCUCCCUGUACGAAGGUCUGGAGAAACCCCAAUCCAAGACCUCCAUCCACAACUUCAUGGCGCAGCCCGAGUUUCUGAUCAAUGACUACACCCACAACAUCCCUCUCAUCGACGACACAGAUGUGGACGAGAACGAGGAGCGCCUGCGGGCCCCCCCACCCCCGUCCCCCAACCGAAACAACAACGCCAUAGACAGUGGCCUCUACUUGACCACGCGUGCCACCAAGCCAGCUACCUCGUCGGUGUUUGCUUCCGGAGCCGGGAGCUCACUUCACAGUGUGGAAACGUCCCUCUGAGCAGCUCUGCUUGGGGCACGCGCAGCCCGACACGCGCACUUGGUGGGGGGGGAGGCUCUGGCCUUGCUCUGAGGCCCUGGCGUGAAGCCUGGCCGUCGAGGCUUCUUCUGGGGGGCCCGAGAAGGAGAAACGAGAACGCGAGAAGAGCUGUCCCCCCUUUUCUCUGUGGAAGCUUUUUUACACGAACUCUCCCCCGGCUGCUCACCAGCCUCACGGGGCCGCCGACGUGGACAGUCACGCGGAGCCGGCGGCCAGAGGGUGCCAGCACGCAGCAUGCUCUUUCCCUCCCUCUUCUCAGGCGUCUGUGGCUUGUGGCACGGCUCCCCCAGGCACCUGGACAGCCAGAGGACCUUCGGGUGAAUAACUUUGGGGUUCCGAUCCCAGCCCUGCUCCUGCUGCUCCCUGCCCCCCGCAGAGUCCUGUGCCAGACGGGCACCGGCGCCGUUUUUCUCACUUCCAGGGAAACCGAGAAGUGUCGCUGCACCUGAGGGGCUGGGGCCGGGGAAGUUCCGCUUACAGCUGCCUUCGCUUCCCUCCGAACCCAAACCCGGGGUUCCACUGCUGGGCUGCUUUGUCCACGCCCCCACUUUCCAGUGCAGAGCCAGGCCCCACGGCCUGGGAAAGUGCCAACCAUAACCAGGAUGCGGGAGAGGGGGAAGAGGGGUCCCCCAAACCCACGAGGAGCUGACGUACGUGCCUGCCGUGUAGAUCCCAGCCCCUUGGCACCUCCCGCUGCUCCCCCCAUUUU